GUAAUUAUAAGCUUAAAUAAGUUGAUUUAAGUGGAUUUUGGACAUUAGUCACUCACUGUAAAUUCAAUUGCAGGGUGUAUGUUUGUUUCAAAUAUGUAAUAAAUAAUUCAGCUAUUGUUGACAAAGUGAUAUUUAAAAUUGAAUUUAGGCAAAAAAUUAUUGUAAAUUAGUUCUUAGCCCGGAUAGAAGCGAAUGUGCGCGGAAUAUUGUAUAAAUAAUCUGUCAAAUGAAUAAGGAUAUUCGGAAUAAUUUAUAAUAUAUGUAGAUAUCAACCUUUAUAGUGAAAUACCAUGUGCGAUAUUGGUUCUUGUUUUAACCCAUAAUUUAGAAUUCUACACUUGUCAAUAAACUAUUUUCCUUGUUAAAGCAAAUUAUCCUAUUAUUCAUCGUUUUAAUUUGAAAAGUUUACACAAAAAAUAAUGUAGUCUUCUUGUUUACUACUGUACUUAUAUGUAGGUAAUAUUUUCAAAAAAAAAUAUACGGUACAAAACAUAAUAAUUAAGUGACGAUAUAGGAAAUUUGAAUUUUGCUGCUCCAUAAUUAUAAAAAAGUGAGUUCAAACUUGUUGAGCAUACUCCAGGCUUGAAAAUCAACAUCUGCUGCUGGCACAUACCUACAUACACCCUUUCAAGGGUUGUUUUAUUAAAAUUUUAUACUGGAAAUAUGAAAAUUUAACUUGGAAAGCAUUAACACAGCCACAAUGAAGUCUUUCAUUUAUUUGCUGUAUUUUGUUAUUACUUCAGUAUUAUGUGAGAAAAAUUUGAUGAAUGGAAGAACAUCUGACAUAAGCAAAUUUCCUGAUUUAUUCAAAAUGGAAAAUUACUAUGAAUGUCCUGAUGAUAGCUCAUUCUGUACAGCUAGUCUGAAACUACUUCCAUCGAAUACCGACUGUAAAUUCUGGAAAAGCCUAGAAGAUUGGAGCAAAGCUUCACUUUUUCAUUUUAAUCGGACACUCAUUUAUAGAACAGUAUGUAUUCCUGCAAAUUGCACAAGCGACAAUCAAAAAAAGGAUUUUAUCGAAAAUACCAUAAACCAAGAAGUGGAAGUUUAUAAUUUCAGCUCAGAGUUGGUAACACUAAAUUGUAUGGAGCCCAAAGAAUAUAAUAAUGAUUUGAGAUAUAUAAUGAUUGGUAUUAGUUUAUAUGUGGUUCUACUUUUGGUUGCCACAACAUAUAGUGAGACUUUGUAUGAUCGGAAUUGCCAUUCUAAAUUAGAAGAAAUCCUAGUCUGUUUCUCCUUGACGAACUUCAAAAACAUCACCGCCUUGAAAAGUAAAGACUUCCAAAAAUUGAGAUGCAUCCAAGGCGUUAGAACAAUUUUAUCAGUGUGCGUUGUGGGCGGCCACACUUGCAUGAUGAUCAGCGUGAAAAAUAUACGAAAUCCCGAAUUCUUCGAAACGAUGAUGGGUACCACCCUAAUGAAAUACCUAUUACUCGCUUCGUAUUCGAUUAUGGCGUUGUUUUUCUGCCUGUCCACCUGGUUUUUGACGUUGCAAAUAUUAACGAAGCACCACAGAAGUAAACAAUUUACCAUUAGAGAUGCCGGGCUCAUGAUUUUGCACAGGAUCGUUAGGAUGUGGCCCAUUUUGGCUGUUAAUUUUUUUGUUGUUUUGCCGAUAUAUAUGCGGUUUGGUUACGGGCCUGGAACGUUCGAAGUUGGUAAAUUGAUUAAUGAUGCUUGCGAGAAAAAUUGGUGGGUCACGUUUUUAUUCGCUACCAAUUUCUUGCCCAGUUAUGAUACGUGUCAUCUGGGAAUGUGGUAUCUUUCUAUUGACAGCCAACUGUAUUUAAUGACAAUCGUUUUUUUGUAUUUCAUCCUGAAAUACAAAUUAAACCUUAAGAAAUGCGUAUAUGUUUUACUCAUUGCUUCCUAUAUUAUAGUCGCUAUACUAAUUUACGUAAAAGAGUUGGGUCCUGAUACAAUGAUAACUGUAAAGUUGGCAACUAAUAUGAAUAUUUUCAAAAACGAAAAAACUCCCUACACUUUAUACGGGUUUUGGGUUAACUUCAGCUCUAGCAUUUUGGGAAUACUAUUUGGAUAUUUCUACUUUCAGAAUACACAAAUUGAAGAUAAGCCAGAGCCCUAUGAGAAACACUAUUGGAAAAUUCUUCUCAUUUGUCCCCUAUUAUCUCUCGUAUUAGCUGACAUUAACCAUAACCGUGUGCUGACAGCAAUUUUUGGUGCAAUGUUUAGAAUAGUGUUCACUUUUGGUUUGGCGACUGGAAUAUAUGGGAUGUCUAGGAAUGUAAUCAAAGGAUUUUUCCGGUCAAUACUGGAACACAAAUAUCUGGUCCAUCUGGGCAAGUUCACUUUUUGCACUUACGUUUUUCAUUUCUGGUGGGUUUUUCACAGAGGUGCCCAUUAUAGUCAACCUAUUGAAUUAUAUCAUUCGAAAAUUGUCCUAUGGACGGUUAUAGACAUCAUCACGUCAUUUAUAAUAGGAAUAAUUCUAACGUUUACAAUAGAAUUACCGUGCAUAUUUAUCCAGAAGCAAAUAUUGCCACCUAUUUGGACAAAAACUGCAGAGGAUUACGUCCAAGAGAAAUCAAAAUAAAAUGUAUUCACCUGAACAUUUUUAGCUAAUUAUAUUUUGGUUUCAAAAUCUAGUUACAUAAUGUUUUUAAAUUUAACUAGCACGCUGAAAAGCAAAGUGUAAUUUUAUAUAAAUUAAAGGGCUGGUUAAUGAAAUUUGAUAUGGCCAUUAAAUUAAUUAGGGCUUUGAAAAGGCACGUCGAUCUUGUUGCUGCUGAAAUAUAUUUUCAAGAGUUAUAUGAAAUUUAAAUGGGGUAUUGUAAUUAUAGUUAGAAAUUAUCGUCUUAUUUGUUCGAUAUAAAUGAAUGAAUUUGAAGGUAUUGUUACACUGCGACCUGC